UGCGUCACGCCAGCCCGGCAGCCGCCUCCCGCCAAAGAAAGGGCAGAAAAGAGGUGGCGCAGCCCCGCCUCUCGUGGCGCUGUUGCCUAGCAACGCGGCUCCUUGGUGACGGCGGCGACAACAGCGUGAGAGCCGCGGUCUGCCCGGCGGCAGUCUGAGGCAAGGGGUGGGAGGCGGGAGCAGGCGGAGGAUGGCUGCCCAGGAGAGUGUGUAUAACCUCCUGCCCCGGCUGGAGGAGAAGCCCGUCAAACCGCCCAGGUAUAUAUCGACAUUUAGGCCAUCUGUGAAACUUGAAAUAGAGCGAAGUAAAGCGCAGUGGAAAACUAUGGGGCCAGCAAAAGUUGCGGUGCCAUCUCCAAAAAACUUUCUGAAGAAACACUCCAAGGAACCCACGUUACCAGCAAGAAAAAAAGAACAGGAGAGUAAGAAACUGCCUGCAUUAUCAGUACCACGGAGGACAGAUCGCCCAGUUAUGGGAGUUCAGAGUAAAAAGAAUUUUAUAAAAACAAACGCAGUUGCUGCUAUCACAGGAUUGCCUAAAAAGCCUCAACAUAUUUAUGUUGAUAGAAGACAGGGAGACAAAUACUUGCUUGAAACUUCAGGACUUGUUCCAAAAUAUAUUAAGAAAAAGGAUUAUGGUGUUACACCAAAAUAUGUAACCCAGAGAAGUGAAGAAAUGAAGAAAGCUCAGAAAGAAUAUGAAAACAGUGUUUUGGAGUAUCUCAAGAAAAAAGCCAUGAAACAGUUGUCUGAUGAAGAGAGAGAAUGUCUACUGCAGGGGCUGAAAAAGAACUGGGAGGAAGUGUAUCACGAAUUUCAGUGUCUUUCAGUAGAAAUAGACACUAUACCCAAGAAGCUGUAUAAAGGAAAGCUGGAAUCACAGAUGAAGCAACUGGAACAUGACAUAGAUGUAAUUGAGAAGCACAAAGUUAUUUACAUUGCAAAUGAGUAAGGACUGUUUUUCAGACAUUGCCUCUUUCCUCCUUUUCUCUUUCUCUACCCUCGUCCUUCCAAGAAAAAAACCCAAAGUUCAAAAGAAGUUGAAAUUAUUCAGGAGGAAAUAUUCAAGUAAUAGAAAUAUGCAUCUUCUUAGUUAUUUGUAACAACUUCUCUAAUUCUCAACUGUACAACUCAUUUUUUUCAAAUAAACUUAAUAUAACUUUAUAUGAACAUGAAUUUAAUCUAUUAUUUUUUGUAAUUUUUAUUAGCAAUUAAAAUGCCUAUUCACAUCAGGCAUAAAAAAUACUGUUCUAUAUGUUUGGGGCACUUCUUUCCUUACACAGCCCAAACUAAGUGGAAUAAUUGUCCGCUGAAGACACCUUGGUAAAUAUUCAGAGUGGGAUGGCUUCUGCUCUGGUUAUUAAAGAGCUGCUGCAUUUUACUUAAAUGCUUGAACGAUUCUAUUUCUAAACAGUUUGGUUUCUACACAACAUUUUGUUUAUGUAAAAAUAAUGCAGUAAUACUGUAUUAAAUCUACAACUAAAGUAGAAAAAUGUGGUUUAAUUGCUAUUGUAUGUAUAAUGUUAGAAUGAAAGCAAUAUACAAGCACCUGAGUCAUGACUAGAUAGAAAUUAUACAGAAUGGCGUAGUGUACUGCAUCUAUUUCCACGUAAGGGAAAAAUGCUAUUCUUAGUUAACCUUUGCUUCCAAACACAAUUUUUUCUAUGUUAUAUCAAUUAUUUCCAACAGCAGCUGUUGUGAGAUCAUUGCAAGUGACAUCAGCACAGGAUGAAGUCAAGAAUUUCAAUUGAACUUCUAAAAGCCAAAUUUUAAGCCUGUCUGGAAAGGGUUUGAAGAUUUAACGUCGAUUCUAGGUUAUAUUUCUUGUGCAUUUUAAGCUUGUCUAUGGCAUACACUAAGGGAGCUUGAGAGACAGGUGUCUAUUUUGUUGUUUCUCACUUACAGGAAAGCAAUGUUUACUUUUGAAAGAUAUAAAAAAUCUGGAAUAAAACUAUUUUCAUAAAUAUGAAUUUCAUUUACUGUUUACUUACAAUUUAUACAGUGUAGUUUAAGAGCACCACUAUAAUCACUUAAUAACAUGCCACAUUAUCUGUCACAUUAUCUGCUAAUUAUCUGCUAAGAUGCUUUUCUUAAGAAAUGCUGUAUAACCAAACAUGACUGUUAGUUUUGACUUCAGAACAGCAUGCAUUCCCACUGCCUCAUUCUCUGUUUAAAGUAGGCCAUUUGACUGAAUUAGGCUGAAGAUCUGGAUUUGGGUUUUUUCUUUAUCAUCAGUGUUAUCUUAAAAUGCAGAGUUGGAGUUUGCAUAUCCCAAAAGUGAGGAGAAGCAAGUCAGUGUGUAGACCUGAGAACAGAAUUUCUACUGCUAAGGGAAGUUAUAAUGUUCUUCAGUUAUAAAACAUUUUUAACUGUCUUCUUAGUUUAAAAUAAAAUAAAACAAAAAGCCAGUAUGUAGAAACACAUCAUUUCGCACAUUUCUUAACAUUUCAACAUAGCAUUACAGUGCCUUUUGUUACUUUGUUUUUAUUUACAGUUCACUUAGUUUUCUUCAGCAGAAGUUUCAAACCUCCUUCAUCUUUACUUUAUGGCAUUCUUAUAGCGACACAAGCUGGAGGUUUUUUCUGAGCAGCUAAGCAAUGUGUAAUUUAAUGUAACUAAGAAACUGUGUGUAAUAAAUAUGCAAUUCAAACUUAGUAUUGCCAGUGAUAACCUUCCUAUCUAACUAACUGUGACCAGUUCGCACACAAGUGAAAAAGAAUUGAUGGGAAAGUAAAACAAACUCAGGAUUGAUUGAAUGCUUUCCUACAAAAAACUGAGUUUAGAAUAGUUUGGAUUUUUGUGUUUGUUCAUUUUACUAUAAUUUUUUUCUACACUUGGCUUUUCUAAAUUUUCAGGUGGAAAUAAUUUCAUAAUUUCUGGAGAUGGACUGUAGAAUUAUACUAGUCCUGAUUGGAUAGGGUUUAGUCUUCAGAAAUUCAAUAUAUUUUUGCAAAUGUGAAAGUUAAAUUUCAGCAAGAUUAUUUAUUGUAGGCUAUCAAUAAAAUGGAACUAAAUACAGGUGUUGUGGGACUUGCCACUUUCUGUAAUACAGUUAAAACUUCAUUUUGCAAAACCAACCACCAUUAUGGGAUUUCUGUUCACAAGCUAUAAGUAGUAUUACCAGCUGAAACAUUCUCUAAUUUCAUUACUCAUUUACUGAUAAGCAAUUAAAUCAUAAGAAAGAAAAUAAAUUAAUUUUGAUAUGUAACAGUAAUUUUUUCAGCCAGAUAUUUUUAAAUGAUCAAUACUACAUUGGAUAGCCAUCAUAAAAUACACUCUAAGGAGAUAUGAAUUCUGUGUUGGUCAGUAGAAGCUAUGGUGCCACAAACUGAAAAUAUUUCCUGUUGAAAGUUAAGCAUGACAAACUGUGUAUCUAUUUUUUUAAAUAUAGCAACAUGGAAUUAUGAUAAAUAUCUGACUGGCUGUUCUUCGGAAUGAAACUAUUUAUAUUCAGGAAGUAAGGAAUCAGAUAUGGCAUCAUCACAAACACAGGGAGUUCCUGAUUGCAAGGUUCUGAUAGAGCUGCCUCGAGCAAGUGACAGAUCUGGUAAAAGCAUAUGGGCUCCAUGUGGCUGAAAGUGUUGUGGCUUCUAGGAUCUGUAUGAGUGCUUGGACACUAAGUCUGAAGGUAGCUCAUCAAAAUCUUCCUUGCAGAAGAGUAACUUUAUUCCUCUCAUUAAAUAGUGAGAGUAAAAUUCCUCAAUAAUUUCAUUUCCCUAAGUCUCUGUAUAUGUCUUGUUUAAUUUUGGGAUAUGGUUGUGGUUUUUGGUUGUUUUUGUUUUUUAUUAGGAAGACACAUUCUGCCCUUCUGCAUAAUUUUUUGUAAAAAAUUGGCAUCACAAACAGUUGUAAUUAUUCUGCCACAAAGCUGAAAUCUAGUCCUUUCACUGGCAUAUGUUUCAGAGUAAACAGCAACAGCACUAGCGAAGUCAGACAUCAUUCAGAAAAAAAACUUCACCUAUAUAUGCAGGUUAAUGGAGGCCUAGAUAAAUGCUAUUCCUUGUCAGUGCUUUCAUCCUCAGUUCUAUGAUGCUUAUAGUAUUAAGAAUGUAAUUAUAGGAGAGACUGAUGGCAAAACCUACUAUUAAGGUUCCCUGACAUUUCCCAGAGUCAGGGAAGCCAGCCGCUGAGUCUGGAAUCUGCUGGUGACCAUUCAGUUACCUCAGUAACUACAGGGGUGUUAAGCCUGACCAAACUCAGUAAGACUGGCCAUUGCUCCCUGUGAGUGGAUACCAGAGGUAGUCAUUUAUACUCAGCUGCUGAAUUCCCACAUUGUAUUUUUAUUUCAUUCUGCCUUGAUCUCGCUCCAGCUCUUUUUCGUUUCAUAAUGUUAUGUAAACAGUGUGAGUAAAUUCAAAGUUUUCAUCCUCCAGGCUAAGCACUGGCAUUAUGGUAUGAAUACAAGGUGAGUUGAGUUUCUUGUUUGUCUUAUCUUUUCUUUGCUGUUUAAAUGGUGCUGAGGUAAAUAUGACUGCUCUUUCACAGAGUUAUAAAAAAUACACCUAAUAUUUUUUUUCUAGACUGUAUCUCUAACACCCGUUUGUAUGUGAGUGAACGUAGCCAAAUGGUAGAUUGCAUUUGUUUUGGCUAUCUUUGAUGCUGCUAUGGGGAUGAACUUCUGUUUCAUCACAGUAUUAGCCUGUGUUGUUAAUUCUUAUCUCAUGCCUUCCUCCACAUUGAGUCCACAGCAUAGAGAAGUUUGCACAAAUGCUAGAGUAUCUUUGUCUUCAAAUUCUUUCUUAAAGGUUCCUUUCCAGUAAUGCCUACUAAGAAUUUAACAGCUGGGCUGCUCGUAAUCUGAGAUUAGAGUUUAUUGUGCUGACCUGUGCAGUUUCCUUGAACACCCCUGGCACUCUGUAAUUAUUUGUUCUUCUAUUCUGCUUAGAUUGUAAAUUAUUUGUGGUUUGGAUCACCUUUUUCUCUCUUCACAUGGUGUCUGGCACAGUAGAACUUUCAUCUGUAAAUAGAGUUCCUUGGUGCUUGUACAAAAAAUAAAUAUGAUCAUCUGAGGGUGAAUCAAGACCAGGCAAUAGAGGGAACAGAUUCAAAUUGUUUACCCAAAGAAAUUGUUCUCUCUGAACACUCAUCUCGUUUGUUUCAGCAAUUGGAAAAUAACAGCUGUAGGAAGAGAAAAUUAAGUCACUUAACUUAUUCCCUGGUGCAAUAUGAUUUAGUCAUACAUUUGUCAUAAGAUGUCUUUGAAAUGCAAUGGUAAAUGUCUUAUACCUGGCUUUUUCACUGGUAGCCCUUAAUGCUGCGUUUCUCAUUUUGCGAUUUAAGCCCAUACGCAAAGUGUGAGUCCCCAUAUGGAAAAUUCUGGUGACUCGACCCUUUAAUUCACAGAGCUGCUGUAAGGAUGAAUAAGUACCUCUAGAACUGUUCUGAAUAUUGCUUUGAGAGCCAUACUAAUGCUCAGGAAGAAAUGUAAUAAUUUUCUCUUCAGAGGAAAAAAUAAGUCGUGUUCAACGUGUGGCCGCAGGUACUGCAGAGUGAAGAAGCAAUCACUUUGCACUUUGGUCUGUCUCGUACACAGACCAUAAAAUGAGCAAAUGGUCCAGUGCAACAUUCCAGUGUUCUUAGGGUGUGGGUCAUUCCAUGCAGCUAAAGAGUUUGGUGGUUGGCUGGCCAUGCACAUUUAGCAUGCCUGUGCUACAGGAAAAUGUGCUGGUCCAGAUUCUUUUUUUCAGUGUACUUUUGUCACUGCACUGUUUAUUCUAAGCAAGCUGUGAAGUCUACAAAAUUACAUCAAAGAAGACUGAGCUAUUUUGGAAAAAAAAGAGUCUUUAAACUGUUAUUUGUUUACUUGUUUAAUACACUAUAAAAUCUGUUUUGCAGAUUUUCUCAAAUUUGCUGUAGUUUAUUGGGGGUUGGGAGGGGAGGGGAGAGGGGGAGCAGAUGGGAAAGAGAAAGCCAUGUGAGCAACCUCUUUUAAAAGGAGAACAAACCCUAACAGUUAAAUUCAAUACAUUGGGUGUGACCCACUAUGUAUUUACAAUGUCCUGACUAGUUCUCAUAGCUGUGCAUGAUGAAUUUGUCACAGGAUAUGAUGUGAACAGCUUUUCUUGAAAAUAACCUUUUGUCAUGCAAACGUCAAUACUUCUCAAUAGCUGGUUAGAGGAAAUAUUUGCAUAAUAUUAUAAAGGAAAUAAAGUUUAUUCUAGUAUUAAAGGACAAAAGGAAAUUUUUGUUUGCAUUUAUUCCAGCUAUAAAGAACUCUGUAUUAAUAACAUGAACCUGAAGAGCAGGAUGAGUAUCUUCAGGAGCCAGGAAAUUACAGAGUGAAGAUCUAGUUGCUCUAGUCUGGCACAGUGAGAUUAAUAACAAACAAAAAUGUAGUUUUGUAUUAAAGAUAUUUAUCAUGGACCAAAUAAGUCAAAGUCGCAAAUUCUGUCGUGCUGUACCUAACGCAGAUUUAAAGGUCAUUAAAAAAACAGACUAACAUCUGAAUGUCAGCUUUUAACCAUUUUAAUGGUAUAAAAAUUAUUCAAAUUAUUCAAAGCCUACAUCAGUCUUGUAGACUCAGUACUGGUUAACUGUGAUAGCUAAGUGCUCUGAGUUCCAUUUGUGGAUCCUAGAUGCUGCUAUAAAGAUGAAUUUUCCAGUUACCAAAGAUGUUAAUUCUACUGAAUUUGAACACAGACAGAAACUUGUAGCACCACUCCAUUAGCUGCUAUAGCACAGUAGUCACAAAGGAAAGUAUAGCAUCCAUGCUGCUAUAGAUUGUAGGAUGCUAUGAUCUCCCUAGGCACUUGGAUGCAGGGGGUGGUUUGAAAUGCUGCUUUACAUUCUCACAGACAUUAGUAACAAUCUGGUGAAUAGUUUUUGCUGCCCUCCAGGUCUUCAGCAGUCACCCUGUGGUCUAAUAACCGCCUCAGGUAAUGCAGAAGAACUCAAAAUUCUGGAAUACAUUAAGGCUGGAUAUGAAAGCAGUUCUGAGUUAUUUCCAGCAUACCCUGAAGUAAUGUGUCUGCUAAACUUUUUAAUAUUGUCUUCAGUGAGCAUUUUACCUAAAAGGUAAAUAAUUGGAGUGGCAGUGGUGGCGGUGAUCACUUACAACAACAAAUAGCAAAUGCCAGUUUAUGCUUCAUAAGAUUGUUUACAUGAGAUUGUUACUGCAUAACAGCUGCAGCAAAAGACAGAACCAGAAAUAAGAGCUCUUACUUCAUCCUCUAAUUGGCAAGCUUCUACCUAGGUAACCUAUAACUCUUGAAAUAGUCUGGAUUUUCAUGCUUUUCUUGUUUAUUUUUGGUGUUUAUAUAUUAAAUUGUGUCGUCAAAUGUUUAUUAUGGCUUCUUGGGAGGGGAAUACAUAAUGGAGUUUCUAAAGCUAACAGAUAACCCUGUGGUAAUGUUUGUCUUGGACUGUUUUCUUGUUUUUCCCAGCCUCCUAUGUUCAGUAUUUCUUUAUGUUAUAGUUGUGGAAGGGUGGAUACUUGUGCUGCCUUCAUCAGUAACAGAGUAAGAGAGGAAAGGAUGUGUAACUGAAAUUAUAAAGUUAGUUCUGUGAAGGCUCAAGAUAUAAAUACUGUUCCCAAGGGAUUUGUAUAUAUGUUCCAAACUGCUUUGUUUCUUCGGGUGUCACUUUUUCCAUCUGCUCCUUUAUGAUUUUUGGCUAUGUGUCCAGACCUACUUGUUAGUAUGAGUUCACCGUUCUACCCUAUUUUCUUUGUUCUUUUCCCCUUUGAUCAUUUCCCAUGGUUGUAUGUCUUAAAGUGUUUACUCUUUUCCUCCUAUUUUUAGUUUAUAAACAAACAGCUAAAGAAACAUAGUAGGAAAGUUCUUCAGCAGUUAAGACCCUAAUACCAUUUGUCACAUUUGCAACAAGACUAAAAAACCUGUAUUACAUUUCUUGCUAACAAAUCAUGAUACAUGCUGAAAGAGCAGCUUGGUGGAUUGGAUUGGUGGUUGUUGAUAGCAGCACUACCCUUUCAACUAUGACCCAGCUAAUUUUAUCUAGUUUUUUAUUUCCAUAUUCUUAUUUAUUGUUAUUGUUUAUUGUUAUUAGCAAUACGUGACACUUCAUUACACUUCUGAAGUGAUCCCAAGAGUAAAACUCUUGGAAGAGAAGUGUACCAGAAGUAGACUUGACAAAAUGCAGUCAUCCAACCUUGACAGGAAAAACAAAAUGUUUCCUGCUUAUGUUUUUCUACACAAUGCCAGAGGAAUUCAUUUUUCAGUAUCUUGUUCAUAAUCUUUUCCAAAUCUUUAAACUUCUGUCUGUGGGGUUCUGUCUGUAAUACAGUUAGAGCAAUCUUUUGUAUUCCUGUGGACAGAUUAAAGACCAUGGUUUAAGAAAAGACAGAAAACUCUGCAAUAGUAGCCCAACUAGUCCAAAUGGUAGAAGUAACCAGUAGGAAUUCAGCAAUGGCAAAAAUAAUUUGUAAUCCCAACUGCAAUCUAACUAGCUUCAGAAUGAUACAUCUUACGUCUGUGAUGUUUAUUUGACAGCAGCUUUGUCUAUAAUGUGAUAUGAACUAAAUCAGAUUGCAUUUGUUUCAUGGUGAAGGGAUUCUUGCCCACCUCCAAGCAAGAAGAGUCUUCAGAUCUUGAAAAGUCUUGUGGGCACAAAUCAGUGGUGUUUAAUCCCAAAGUUUAGAUGAAAAAUUAGACUUUAUUUCUGAAUAGAUCUAUGAAAUAUUGAUAUGCAAUCAAAAUACAGAAGUAUUGAGGGAUUUUGCCCACUAUGAAGAUCUAUAUAUUUUAUGAAAAUAACUUUAUUUAAUAUAUGUAUGUGGGCUUGUGCAAAUCUUUAUAUACUCUUUAUCAAAUUCACUAACUUUUUUUUAAGUUUAUUUUAAUGUACUGUGGACCAUCUUUUUGCAGGAUACUUCAGUCUUGGUAUGCAGGGAUCACUUCCAAGACAGACACAUUCUGGAGUUGACCUGUGUCACUUUGUAAACACAAACCUCCUUUCUUGGACACAUGUUGUCAGUUGUAGCAAUAGUUAAGAGUAGAUUCUUAAUCCACUAAGAAACACACAGGUUUGACUUCAUAUAAGAACCGAAGCAUCUAUAACAAGGUAGUUUUAAAUUACUGUAGUACUUAUCCAGACU